AAGUUAAGUUUUACUUCAGGAGUGAAUAACUGCAGGUUACAUGAUGCUAUGCUGUGUUUUAUGUCAAUAUUGUUAAAAUAGGGUUGGAGGUUUAUCCAAUGUCUUUCACUUUUGUUGAACUGCUCUCGAAUCAGCUGAUCUGUGGUGGUCUGACCCACCAUGGUGCUCACCAGCAGCACAGGGGGAGGGAGGAACUUGUUUCAGACCUGAUCAGCUGAAACUGGAAGACUGUCAGUGUGUUUACAUGCACAUCAGAAACCCCCAAUGGGAAGUCAGUAUUGCCCUAAAAAGACUCUCGUUGGUUUUUUAAUGUCAUGUAAACGUGUUAGUCUGGCUGAAGGUCAACUGGUUCUAAUGGAGCUGAAGCACCCAGAUAGUGUGGUAGCAGUCUGACUACAUUCUGCAUGGAAACGGAUCAGCCGAGCUAAACCAGUAGGACGCUCAUGUUCCACAAGUGGCGAGACAGCGGAAGCGGUCUUCUGAGAAGACCAUCGUCACAAAGCAACACGCGUAACACCAUAAACAGGACAGUACGUACCAGUUGUUGUACUUUCCUUCUACUUUCCUUUCCUUUUCGGAGCAGUUUCCAGGCCAGACCGAGGCUCUACUGAGGCCUUUCCCCGGAGCUAGUUCUGUGGUCACGUGGGUCUGAUGCUCAUUAAUUAUACAGAAUUUUAGGCUUUUAAUGGUAAAAUGGUAAAUGGCCUGUAUUUUAUAUAGCGCCUUCUAGAGUCCUGGUACCCCCAAGGCGCUUUACAACACAAUCAGUCAUUCACCCAUUCACACACACAUUCACACCCUGGUGGGGAUGAGCUACGAUGUAGCCACAGCUGCCCUGGGGCGCACUGACAGAGGCGAGGCUGCCGAGCACUGGCGCCACCGGUCCCUCCGACCACCACCAGCAGGCAAUGUGUGUUAAGUGUCUUGCCCAAGGACACAACGACAGCAACAGACUGAGCGGGGCUCGAACCUGCAACCUUCCGAUUACGGGGCGAGCGCUUAACUCCUGUGCCACUGUCGCCCCAAUACACUUAAACAGAAGAGUGAGAAAAAAAUUCACCCCCCUCAGAGUUGUCAUGAGUGUAGACUAGAUCAUUUAAACCAAAAACAUGUUCUGGUACCAGGCUGCAAACAUGUUUAUUUCUGCUGGGAAAUGGGUAUUUUUAACAUGGGAGUCAAUGAGGAUUUGCUCACUUCUGACACCAGCCCCUAGUGGAUGAGGGUGGAACUGCAAUUUAUGGUACUUCCGGGUUGGCUUCCAUUUUUGAGCCGCAUUGUGGGGGCCUGGUUAAAACAAGAUUGACCUGGAUCGACUUAGAUGUCUGUCAGUGCGCUUGUAACGGCACUGUGUGUCUAACGGCUGAUUUGAACAUAUUUCAUAUAAAAGUUUGGUUUAUAAUUAUCUAGCUCGGUUUGUUUUUUGUCAUGCUGUGGCCUAUACUUGCAUUGUAAUCACUUACUUCAGUUUUCCGGCUUCUUCGCUUGUUUGUGUGGAUUUUUGUUUUCAGCAGCUCACGUAGUCCUGUUGUUGUCCAAUUUAACUCUUCGGUGUUUCUUGUCUUCGUCUCUGAAUGAAGCAUUGAUGAAGUUAGGGCCACACGAUGUGAGAAAAACCUGCGAUACGCGCUAACGGUGAUUAUUAUUGUAAUGACGAUAUGACUUGCAAUAAAUAAAAACUUAACUCGGGAAGAAAAACAAAGAAAUUAAAAAUUGUAAUAAUGACUAAAAAAUAUCAUAAAUUGGGAAAAGCAAAAAUUGUGAUCAAGAGAUGUGAGGAAAGUAGGAGAAAAAUGAAUAAGAAAAGGCAAUCAGUAGAACGAAGCUAACUCAGGUGUUUGCUAACCAUCCAAAUUAAGUGUCGUCCGCCUCAGGGGCGGGCGUCUAACCUAUGAGAACCCACCUGAUUGGCCAAAUGGGUGAAGAGCUUUAUUUGAUUGAUCAAAAACGUCAUGCUUCUGUUUGAUUGACAAAAUGCAUUUUAUGUUGUGAACAUUUGAGCUAACCAUUCAUUGCGAUUUUUUUCUGUUCUUUGCGAUAUGCGCAUUGCGCAUGCUGAUAUCCCGAUGAUGUAUUUGCGAUAUAUUGUGCUGCCCUUGGUCAAAUAUUUACUUGGACCUCUUUCAGCUACUUAAUAAUUAUUUUCAGCCUGGCGCUGAACAUAUUUCCCCGUGUUCCCUUUUGAUACGUUCCUUACUUUCAUCUCUUCCAUCAGGUGCUUUGCAGGAUUAAAAAUGUUGGUUUGUGUUUUAAUUUUUAAAUAAAAUUUUUCCUUUAGCUUCAUAUGUUCGACAUAACGUUUUUGAAGCAUUUGCAUGGCUCUGACCUCUUUUGUUUUCUUGCAGCCAAACCCUUCACCUCCAAAGUGAAGCAGAUGCGUCUGCACAAGGAGGACUUUGAGAUACUGAAGGUGAUUGGUCGUGGGGCAUUUGGAGAGGUUGCGGUGGUGAAAGGGAAAAACACUGACAAAGUUUUCGCUAUGAAGAUUCUCAACAAGUGGGAGAUGCUGAAGCGAGCUGAGACGGCGUGCUUUCGGGAGGAACGGGAUGUUCUGGUAUUUGGAGACUCCCAGUGGAUCACCACUCUGCACUACGCGUUCCAGGACGACAAUAAUCUGUACCUGGUCAUGGACUACUACGUGGGUGGAGAUUUACUGACUCUGCUCAGCAAGUUUGAGGACCGGUUGCCAGAAGACAUGGCCAGGUUCUACCUGGCUGAGAUGGUUCUGGCCAUCGACUCUGUUCACCAGCUCCACUACGUCCACAGGGACAUUAAGCCCGACAACAUUCUGCUGGAUAUGAACGGCCACAUCCGCCUGGCUGACUUUGGCUCCUGCCUCAAACUCAUGGAGGAUGGGACUGUCCAGUCCUCUGUGGCGGUGGGAACUCCGGACUAUAUUUCCCCUGAGAUCCUUCAGGCUAUGGAAGAUGGGAAGGGCAAGUAUGGACCUGAGUGUGACUGGUGGUCCCUGGGAGUCUGCAUGUAUGAAAUGCUGUAUGGAGAGGCUCCUUUCUAUGCAGAAUCUCUAGUGGAAACUUAUGGGAAGAUCAUGAACCACAAGGAGCGAUUCCAGUUCCCACAGCAGAUAACGGACGUUUCAGAGGAAGCCAAAGAUCUGAUUCGCCGGCUCAUUUGCAGUCGGGAGCACAGAUUGGGUCAGAACAGCAUAGAGGACUUCAAGCAGCACCCUUUUUUCACAGGCAUUGAUUGGGACAACAUUCGUAUGUGUGAGGCCCCCUACAUUCCAGAAGUCAGCAGUCCCACAGAUACAUCCAACUUUGAUGUCGAUGACGACUGUCUAAAGAACUCAGAGACCAUGCCUCCUCCCUCUCACACUGCCUUCUCCGGGCACCACUUACCCUUCGUGGGCUUCACCUACACAAGUAAAAGUUCCUUAUCAGACCAGGCUAGCCUGCGACUGCUUGCAGCUGAGCCGGGUAAAGCGGGAGAGGACAAGCUGGACCAGGAUGUCCAGCGUAGCCUGGAAGACAGUCUGGCCACUGAGGCCUAUGAGAGGAGGAUACGACGCCUGGAGCAGGAGAAACUAGAGCUGAGCCGCAAACUGCAAGAGUCAACCCAGACUGUGCAGGCGCUACAGCACCCGACAGGUGAGAGACCAUUCGACACCAACAAGGAAGUGGAGAUCAGGAGUCUGAAGAGCGAGAUCGACAUUCUCAAGAAGCAGAUCGCUGACUCAAGUCAGCAGGAGAAGCAGCUGGAGGAUGUGACAUCAGCUCGCAGGGACUUGGAGGACUCGUUCAAACACGUCAAAACUCUGGAGAAACAGAUGAAGAGUGUAACACAGGAGAGGGACGACUUACAGAAGGAUCUGUUAGAGGUCAGUGAGAAGAUGAAGUCUCAGUCCAAAGAGCUGAAGGAAGCCCACAGCCAGAGAAAACUGGCCAUGCAGGAGUUUUCUGAGCUCAACGAGAGGCUAACAGAGCUCAGGUCUGUGAAGCAGCGCCUCACUCGCCAGCUGAGGGACAAGGAGGAGGAGAUGGAGAGCCAGAAUCAGAAAGUUGAGGCUCUCCGCCUUGAGGUGCGAAAGGCUGAGAGGUCCAAGAAGGAGAUGGAGGUGCAGUCAGAGGAGCAGUCAGCCGAGGCCCAGAAAGAGAAGAAGCUCCGAGAGCGUAAUGAGCAGUACAGCAGGCAGCUGGAGGAGGAGCUGGAAGGGCUGAAGGUGAAGCAGGCUGGUUCUUCCUCCGUCCCAGCUUUAGCAGACCAGACCCAGGAGGCGGGACGGCUGCGUGCAGAAAUGGAGAAGAAGACCCUGGUGUACGAGCAGGAGCUGGCACGCAGAGAGGCGCAGCAUAGCACUGAGCUAAAGGCCCAGCGCAAAGAGCUGAGAGAUGCUGAGAGCCAACAGCUCACCCUGCAGAAGGAGAUCCUGAUGCUCCGAGACAAACUGGACAAGAUACGCAGAGAGAGCCAAAUUGAACGGGAAGAGUUGGAGAUGGAGUACAAGCAGAAGUAUGAGACAGAGCGGAUCCAGCUCACCGAGGAGAAAAAGAAGCUGUCCAGUGAACUAGACAAGUUGACCACCAUGUUUGAGAAGGUGAGCAGCUCUAACCGGCAGCUGGAGGAUGAGAUGAGGGAGCUGGCAGAUAAGAAGGAGAGUGUGGCUCACUGGGAGGCCCAGAUCACAGAAAUCAUCCAGUGGGUGAGCGAUGAGAAGGAUGCUCGAGGCUACCUUCAGGCUCUGGCCACUAAGAUGACGGAGGAGCUGGAGGGUCUGAGGAGCAGCAGCCUGGGAGCCAGAGCCACGGACAUGCCAUGGAAAAUGCGACGCUUUGCCAAGCUGGACAUGUCUGCGCGUCUGGAGCUGCAGUCUGCCCUGGACACUGAGAUCAGAGCCAAGCAGAGCAUCCAGGACGAGCUGAACAAGGUGAAGGCCGACAGCAUCUCCACCGAAUGUAAACUGCGGGAGGUGGAGACUGAAAACCAGGAGCUGCUGGCGGAGAUCGAGCGGCUGAAGAAGGAGACCGAGGAGCUGCGGCUGCGAAGGGGUGUCAAGCACCAGGAUUCCCAGAAUUCCUUCUUGGCUUUUCUCACUGCUCCCACUUCUGCCCUCGACCAGUUUGAUCGCUCGCCGUCCGUCGGCCUGGCUAGCAAAGGCAGACGUGUGGACACCAUGGACACGAUGAACAACUACACCCCCUCCAGCACGCCGUCUAAGGACGAUGACUCCAAGUCCCACCUGAAGUCCCAGUCUCGCUCCCCCUCCAUGGCCAGUGACAUGGAGCCCAUAGAGUUGGUAGACCAUCCUGCUCGCCCAGUUCAGACCCCCACCAUGCGCUCUGGAGGGUAUGGAAGUGUUGGACGCUCCUCGCCUAAGCCCAAAGCUCACCAGUUUGUAGUGAAGUCCUUCAACACGCCCACCAAGUGUAACCAGUGCACGUCGCUCAUGGUGGGGCUCAUCCGGCAGGGCUGUGCAUGUGAAGUGUGUAAUUUUUCCUGCCACGUCACGUGUGCGGACAAGGCUCCGGCCGUGUGUCCGGUUCCCCAGGAUCAGACCAAGGGUCCGCUGGGCAUCGACCCCCAGAGAGGCAUCGGGACUGCGUAUGAAGGCCUUGUGAGGGUGCCCAAACCCACAGGGGUGAAGAAGGGUUGGCAGAGAGCGAUGGCCGUGGUGUGUGACUUCAAACUCUUCCUGUACGAGCUGGGAGAAGGGAAGAGCACGCAGCCCAGCGUGGUCGUCAGUCAGGUCAUAGACAUGAGGGAUGAAGAGUUCUCCGUCAGCUCCGUUCUGGCCUCAGACGUCAUCCACGCCAGUCGCAAAGACAUCCCGUGUAUAUUUAGAGUGACGGCCUCCCAGCUGUCUCCCUCCAGCAGCCACAAGGCCUCCAUCCUGAUCCUGGCCGACAGCGACCAGGAGAGGAACAAGUGGGUGGGCCUGCUCAAUGAGCUGCACCGCAUCCUCAAGAAGAACAAGCUGAAGGAGCGCUUCGUCUACGCCCCCAAGGAGGCCUACGACAGCACGCUGCCGCUGAUCAAGACCGCCCAGUCUGCUGCCAUCAUAGAUCACGAGCGUGUUGCCCUGGGCAACGAGGAAGGCCUGUAUGUCAUUCACGUCACCAAAGAUGAAAUAAUCCGAGUGGGGGACAACAAGAAGGUCUUCCAGAUCGACCUGAUCCCCCAGGAGCAGCUGCUGGCGGUCAUCUCUGGCAGGAACCGCCACGUCCGCCUCAUUCCCACCCAGGCCCUGGACGGCCGUGAGACCGAGUCCCAGAAGCUGGCUGAAACCAAAAACUGCCAGGCUAUCGCCUCCGGCCCGAUCCGGAACAACUCCCUCACUUGCCUCUGCGUGGCCAUGAAGAGCAAGAUCAUCUGCUACGAGGUGAACCGAGGUAGAUCUCGCCACCGCCACAUGCGGGAGCUGCAGGCGCCGGCGCAGGUCCAGUGGAUGGGUCUGCUGAGCGCGCGCCUGUAUGUGGGCUACCAGUCCGGCUUCACGCGCUACAGUCUCCAUGGAGACACGACCCCCGUCAGCCUGCUCCACCCUGAGGACCACACCCUGGCCUUCAUCCCACAGCAGAACCUGAGCGCUCUGUGUGCCGUGGAGAUCUCCAACAAGGAGCUGCUGCUGUGCUUCAGUGCCAUCGGGGUGUACGUGGACUCGCAGGGUCGAAGGUCACGGCAGCAGGAGCUGAUGUGGCCCGCUUGGCCCAGCGCUGCCUGCUACAGCGCCCCCUACCUGUCGGUGCACAGUGAGAAUGCUGUGGAUGUGUUUGACGUCAACACCAUGGAGUGGAUCCAGACCAUCCCUCUGAAGAAGGUUCGACCUCUGAAUGUGGACGGGUCUCUGAACCUGCUGGGCCUGGAAACCGUACGCCUCAUCUACUUCAGAAACAAGCUGGCAGAGGGUGAUGAGCUGGUGGUUCCUGAGACGUCGGACAACAACAGGAAGCAGCUGAUGCGCAGCAUGAACAACAAGAGGCGCUACUCGUUCCGGGUUCCUGAAGAGGACCGACUCCAGCAGAGGAGAGAAAUGCUGCGAGAUCCAGAGAUGAGGAACAAGCUGAUCUCCAACCCCACCAACUUCAACCACGUGGCUCACAUGGGACCAGGGGAUGGGAUCCAGAUCCUGAAGGACCUCCCCAUGAACGUUCGUGUUCAGGAGAGCCGUGCAGGAUUCAGCGGUUCAGUCAGCAUCCCCUCCAUCACCAAGAACCGGGCCGAGCCGGGCCGCUCCAUGAGCGCCAGCAGCGGGCUGGGCAUACGCUCGCCCUCUCAGAACGGAAGUGCUUUACGCAGGGAGCUGUCCGGAGGAAGCUACGGGUCCAAACGCCAGACCAUGACCUCCCCCUCUGAGAGCUCCCUCUCCUCUGGGGGGGGCAUGGACUGUGGAGAAGCUCCGCUCUCUCAGUUUGACAGAGAGUGGCAGGCGGCGUCCCCGUCGGACAAGACCCCCGAUCUGAAAAGGGCUUUAAGGACCCUGCUUAGUAAGAUGAAGGACUCGGACUCCCCCCGCCACUCCACGGCUUCCAACAGCUCCACCUUCAGCAGCCCCCCCAGCCCGGCGUCCCCACACAAGACCAAGUCCCUGUCCCUGGAGAGCACAGAGAGGAUGGGCUGGGACACAUGAGCCUCACCAUGUCUCACCCCCACCCCACUAUGAACAUUUGCCCCACUUCAUAACCCAGUUCAGCCUCUGGGGGAUUCAGAGGGUGGGGGCUGUGUGUGUGUGUGUGUGUGUGUGUGUGCAGGAGCCACCUACAGACCUAAUUAGAGCUCACGAUGCCCCCCCCCAGGGACAGGUUGUAUCUGUACAUAGGACCAGUCGGGUUUUAAUUUAUUUAUCGACCGUAGACCAGGAAGGUCUGAUUCUGCGUGGCCUGAAGCAGGCAGGAAGGGGCGGAGCUUCAGCCCCUCCUCACUUCCCCACAGCUACUUGGACUGCUGCAAGGAAACAUUUCAGAGUUUUGUUUUAACUUCACGUGUGAGUGCAGCGACCUUCACCAGCAGCGGCUCCUCAUUGGCUCAGAGCCAGUGACAUCAUCUGUCCCCCCCCCCCGACUCUUGUCUCCCGUGGCGAUGAUGUACAUAGGUUGAAAGUAGAGAGUAAUAUAUGAGAAGGAAGUGAUGUAGAGGAGUACAGGAAGCCAGUCACUCGUUUUCUCUCACAGAAGCCAUUUUUAACACGCCGCCAUCUUCCUCCAGUGUGUGUGUGUGUGUGUGUGUGUGUGUGUGUGUGUGUGUGUGUGUGAGAGAGAGGCCAUUACUCCAGUGUGUGUGUGUGUGUGUGUGUGUGUGUGUGUGUGUGUGUGUGAGAGAGAGAGAGAGGCCUUUACUCCAGUGUGUGUGUGUGUGUGUGUGUGUGUGUGUGUGUGAGAGAGAGGCCAUUACUCCAGUGUGUGUGUGUGUGUGUGUGUGUGUGUGUGUGUGUGUGAGAGAGAGGCCAUUACUCCAGUGUGUGUGUGUGUGUGUGUGUGUGUGUGUGUGUGUGUGUGAGAGAGAGAGAGGCCAUUACUCCAGUGUGUGUGUGUGUGUGUGUGAGAGAGAGAGAGGCCAUUACUCCAGUGUGUGUGUGUGUGUGUGUGUGUGUGUGUGUGUGUGUGUGUGUGUGUGAGAGAGAGAGAGAGAGGCCAUUACUCCAGUGUGUGUGUGUGUGUGUGUGUGAGAGAGAGAGGCCAUUACUCCAGUGUGUGUGUGUGUGUGUGUGUGUGUGUGAGAGAGAGAGAGGCCAUUACUCCAGUGUGUGUGUGUGUGUGUGUGUGUGUGUGUGUGUAUGUGUGUGUGAGAGUGUGUGUGUAUGUGUGCGUGUGUGUGUGUGUGUGUGUGUGUGUGUGUGAGAGUGUGUGUGUGUGUGCGUGAGAGAGAGAGAGAGAGGCCUUUACUCCAGUGUGUGUGUGUGUGCGUGUGCGUGUGAGAGUGUGUGUGUGUGUGUGUCUCUGUGUGUGUGUGUGAGCGCGAGAGUGUGUGUGUGUGUGUGUGAGAGUGUGUGUAUGUGCGCGUGUGUGUGUGUGCGUGUGUGAGAGAGAGAGAGAGAGGCCUUUACUCCAGUGUGUGUGUGUGUGUGUGCAUGUGCGUGUGAGAGUGUGUGUGUGUGUCUCUGUGUGUGUGUGUGUGAGAGCGAGAGUGUGUGUGUGUGUGUGAGAGAGUGUGUGUGUGCGUGUGAGAGAGAGAGAGAGAGAGAGGCCUUUACUCCAGAUGUUCUGACGUGUUUAUUAACUAGAAAACAGUGGGAAUGUAAACAGUCAGCAGCACGUUGGUCUUGAUGGUCAGAGGAACCGCACUGAGCCUGACCUUUGACCCGGUCCGGUCGUCUCCAGCUGGUUUACUUCGGGCUCCUGAAGCAGGAUGUGAGAAAGCAGCAGCAGACGGGGAAGGUGUGGGAAUCCCGUCUCCACGUGUUCCAGCUGGAGAGCCGGUGUCCACAGGAGGAGCAAAGGAAACAUCCAGAUGUUUCAGGAGGGAGGACGGGAAACUCAGGAAAAGUCCAAACCGGGUUCUGGGUGAGGUCUCAUCUCCAGCAGCUCCAUGUUCUCCUGCUUUCAUGUCAUAUCACACCUUUAGUUGCAGCAACGUGGGUUGCUCUGUAAUAAUUUGUACAGUUUUGCAUGUUCAGAUGUAAUCAUCUUGUUUUAUUUGGGCCGCUUUACGGAGGAGAACCAGAACCCACUACAGGUGGUGCCGGUCCUGUUUUUGCACAGAAGUAUUUAAGGUGUGGAAGUGGCUGAACUCAUGUUAACCCGAUGACUCCGAUGUAUUUCAAUAAAGAGGAGAGCUGUUACAGAAACCAGC